AUGGCUGAUCCGCCAUCCCUAGCCUCCCCCGCAUCGCAGCAGCCCGACCAGCUCGCCGCCUCUGAUUCCAUCCCGCCGAACUCCAACCCCCAAAUCCCCCCGCCCCCCAUCGUUUCCUCCGUGCAGGUCAACCCGGCGUCGGCUGUUACGGGAGGCAGAUCCACGGACCUCCCGCCGCAGCUGCAGGCGCCUUCUCGCGCGCAGGCGGCUGAAGGCGCCGGAGGAUUCGGUGCGAUCCACCGCUCGGGCCAGGCCCCCCUCGCCCCCGCCGUCGGCCAGCCUCCACGGUACGCGACAGCCGGCACGACAUAUGCCACGCAGAUGACCUUCCCGGGCGGCGGGGGGCAGUUGCGCCAGCAGCCGGGGCUGCGCGCGGCCAUGUUUGGGCAGGGGCAGCCGAGGAUGCUUCAAGGGCAGGGCAACGCAGCCUCCGCGGCGCAGUACGAGCUCCAGUUCCAGCCAACGAUGAUAGCGCAGCCAGGGCAGAGGGGCGUGGUACAAGGCGUGCAAUUCAACACUCCCACUGCACAAGCGCAGUCCAUGGGUGCUUCCCUGAUGAACCAGAUGAGGCCUAAUGGAAUUACUACCCCAUAUGGUGCUCAAACUCAGCAACGUUCUGCCUAUCAUGCACAAAUGAGGCCACAGCAGCAACCUGGAUCAUCACAAAAUGGUCCUGUGGUGCAGAUGUUACCAACGCAUCAGAUGCAAUCGGCAAUGGCCUCGCCUGCUUCUCCACAUCAACGCCAGCAAGAACAAAUGAUGCAACUGAUACAACAACUUCAGCAGAGAGGAUUGAAUCGCCAGCAGAUUGCGCAGGCGCUACAGCGACUUCCCCAUCUUAAUGCCCAACAUCUGAACCAGCAGCAACGGCAACAACAGCAAGCAUCUCCAAGGAUGCCAGCAUCAUCCGCAGGGAAGCCCGCAAACAUGGCAGGAUCGCAGCCGGCGACACCUUCCUCAGGCGGAACCGCGGCGGGUGCAAAUGCGCCGCAUCAAGGAGGGGGAAAUUGCAGCCAACUUCUUGGGAAGAGAAAGAUACAUGAUUUGGUGGCGCAGGUGGAUCCACUCUGCGAGGCUUGCAAAGCACAGGAAAUCAUCGGUUGUGGAAGCCAAGGAUGUGCUACUGCACCUGCAGAAGAAUUGUCACCUGUCCGCUCCUGGUUUCCCACAGGAGAGGAUGUGAAUGAAUCUGCAGAGAAAUUCAGUGUAGCCUUUGGUAGAAUUGUGGCAUUUACUACUUUGAAAAGCGUGAAUUGUAUUUGA